AUUACUUUAACGACUGCUAGAAGAUGGAGAGGGUUAGGUAGAGGCGUGGAAGGUCAGAUGUAGCCCGACGUCAAGAAGAGAAAGAGACAGAGAAGCGGGGGAUACUCCGGUCAUUUCACACCUGCAAGUUGAAACCUGUGCUUUUGGCAGAAGCACACGAGCAAAGAAAUUGAGUCGUCCACGCAGCUCGCAGUAGAGGCCGAGCAGGAUGAGCUCUUCGUCUGCACGUUUCCAUCUCUUCAAGCUCCGCAAGAAGAUCUAAUCUCUACCCUUCCCGCUCUAUCUACUCGUAUAUUAUUUGGAAUUUUGGAUUGAAUUUCCACUUGUUUUUCUAAUUUCACGCAUAGUUUCUGCGAAUCCACAUGGAAGCAGUAGCGGCUCUUGAGCCCUAUCUCUUGAAUCGAUCCGCAUUCAGAGUUCUUCGCAGCCGUCGGUUCGGGAUUUCCGCCGGUAUCUCUGCCAGGAGUCUGUGCUGCGCUGCAAAAUCCGCCGGCAGAGGGGGUUACUCCGUACCGUACGGUUCUAGAAUUUUCUUCAACUCCGAGCUCCAUCCGAGUCGACUCGGUUUGAGCCCGCUAUCGGUAAGUCGCGGUUGUGCUUGCCGAAAUGUUGAAGAUGGCGUAACGAGUGUGAAUGUGGGGCUCGUGGAGGUUUUGUUGAAGAGGGGUUUGAUUUUGGUAGCUUUAGUUUGUGGGGUUUUUGUGUUUGGCUGUCGGAGAGUGCUUGCUAUUGAAGAGGUUGUCAGUGCGCGCUACGGGGCUUUGGACCAAACUCUUGUGGCCUUGAGAAAUUUUUGGCCAAAGGUUUUGCCGGUUCUUAGAGUUUUUAAAGAGCAAGGUUUGGUGUUGGCAUUGCUUCUCGGGCUUUCGGCAUUUUUCUCCAUGGCUGAGACUUCAAUCACUACGCUUUGGCCAUGGAAGGUGAGGGAGUUAGCCGAGAAAGAGUCUGAAAAUGGAGUCUUUAAAAUGUUGAGGAGUGAUGUUACUCGAUUUCUUACAACUAUACUUAUAGGCACAACAGUUGUGAAUAUUGGAGCUACAGCAUUAGUUACUGAGGCUGCAACAGCAGCUUUUGGUGAAGCUGGUGUCAGUGCAGCAACAGGAGUCAUGACUGUUGCAGUUUUGCUUCUGACUGAAAUCACUCCAAAAAGCAUAGCUGUUCACAAUGCCACAGAGGUUGCUAGGGUUGUGGUCAGGCCAGUGGCAUGGCUUUCACUGAUACUGUAUCCUGUGGGAAGAGUUGUCACAUACCUCUCAAUGGGGAUGCUAAAACUUCUUGGCUUGAAAGGAAGAAGUGAACCAUAUGUCACUGAAGACGAAUUAAAAUUGAUGCUUCGUGGAGCAGAGUUAAGUGGUGCAAUUGAGGAGGAAGAACAGGAUAUGAUUGAAAAUGUGUUAGAGAUCAAAGAUACACAUGUUCGAGAGGUUAUGACACCGCUUGUUGAUGUUGUGGCAAUAGAUGCCAGUGCUACACUGGUUGAUUUCCAGAAUUUGUGGGUGACUCAUCAAUACUCUAGGGUGCCUGUUUUUGAGCAGCGUAUAGAUAAUAUUGUUGGCAUUGCAUAUGCAAUGGAUCUUCUGGAUUAUGUGCAAAAGGGGGAACUACUGGAAAGUUCUAUGGUGGGGGAUAUAGCUCACAAACCUGCAUACUUUGUACCUGAUUCAAUGUCAGUUUGGAAUCUCCUCAGAGAAUUCCGCAUUAGGAAAGUACACAUGGCUGUUGUUCUUAAUGAAUAUGGAGGAACUAUUGGAAUUGUAACCCUUGAAGAUGUGGUUGAGGAAAUUGUUGGUGAAAUCUUUGAUGAAAAUGAUUCCAAAGAAGAGAUCCAGAAGAAAACUGGCUACAUUGUUCUCAGGGCUGAGGGAAUCUUUGAUGUGGAUGCUAAUACAUCCAUUGAUCAGCUAUCUGAUGAACUCGAGAUUAAAAUGCCCGAGGAUCAUCAAUACGAAACAGUUUCUGGUUUUGUUUGUGAAGCAUUUGGUUACAUACCUAGGACGGGUGAGAGCAUAAAAGUGAUACUUGAAAAGUCAAAUCAAGAAGAACACAAUGACUAUUCUGGAAAGGAAUCUGAUCAAGGGGAUAAAAAUGAAAAGAAUCAAAUUUAUAAGCUUGAGAUAUUAGCAGGAAAUGCGAGAAAAGUGAGUGCGGUUCGAUUUGAACGGAUCAACCACGAUGAUGCAGAACUAGAGACCAAAGGUGUGAGACACUGGGCCCCAAAAAUUAUCGCAAAAUGGAACAAGCAAGACGAAUCAAACAAUGAGGUCAGCUUUCAUGGGAAAACAGAUAACGGCAAUUGCCUAUCCAACAAUUUUGUAAAAUCUGAACACAAAAACAGUCAUGACCUUCAUAACGUUGAAUGAAUGGUCUACUUGUUACAACUAUCUAAUAAUACUAAAUUAUCCGGGCAAAAUCCUUAAUGAAAUAACAAAGGGAGGGAAAUGUAGCAUUGUUC